UCGAAAUAACCUUGCGAGCGAAGACUAAAAGUUCAUACUGCAGCCUCGUUGAGGAGUCGGAUACGGGUGGAUCAAUCUCUCCGUGAUACUUACACUAGCCAACGUCGAGAGCGGCAUCACUUCCGUCCCACAAUAGAUUCAUCUCGUCGUCGACUCCACACGAACUACAGAUCUUGAAAGCUAAGUCCAGCUACAGCCAGAUACACAACCUUCGCACAGCUCAGCGACACGUAUCUUCCCCGCUCAAUACACCUCCGUCUACACCUCAUCUUCCUCCACAACACCGGCACAAUGUCCGCCCUCCUAUCUCAACUCGACACCCUCAGCGACACCUUCCAAUCGCACCUCCCACCCCAACUCCAACCAUACUUCACCCGCUCGAACCUCCAAACGAUCCUGCGCGUCAUAGUCAUACUCUCAACAUUCCUUCUCUUCCAACCCCAACUCGACCGUCUCCUUCGCAAACUUGCAGGCAAACCAGAUCCGCGACAAGCCGAGAUCGACGCGCGCCUCGAAUUCCUCAAACAGCAAAAAGAAGGCGGAGUCCUAGGUGGCAUGCCCUCGGCCUCGUUGGGCGGCAGAAUACCCGUCGUCAACAGAGAAGGCAAAAUCGUGAAGCUCAUCAGCCCGGAAGAAGCCGAGGCCUUGAAGAGGGCACAGUCCGCGAAAAAGAGCCCGGCAAAAACUGCAGCUGGGAAGAAGGGCAAGAAAAGUGGGAAAUGAACAAUACGUCCCUGUUCACAAAAGCUUUAGGCCUGCUCUUUCUAGUUACCACCAUAUCAAGUGCCAGUUUCUCUUUCUACACACGGUGCGGCUACAAAACUAGUACAGCCGCCUCAACUCAUCGCCCCAAGCUCGAGCUUCUUGGACACUCACAUUGAGCGCCUGCUCCAUCAAUCCGCCCUCCCUCAGCACCGUCUCAAGCUGCUGGUCAUCCAAC